CAACCCUAGGUUGACCAGAAGGGAGCGGACGGUCAGACCGGACAGGUCUGACGUCUCCUGGAUCCUUCGGCCAUGCGGCUCCUCUGGGGGCUGGCCUGGCUGUUCAGCUUCUUUGCCUCAUCUCUGCAGAAGCCCAGGUUGCUCCUGUUCUCACCUUCUGUGGUUAAUCUGGGGACCCCCCUGUCAGUGGGGGUGCAGCUCCUGGAUGCUCCUCCAGGACAGGAGAUAAAAGGCUCAGUGUUUCUCAGAAACCCAACGGGUGGCCCCUGCUCCCCAAAGAAGGACUUUAGGCUCAGCUCGGCAAAUGACUUGGUGCUUCUCAGCCUUGAGGUCCCACUGAAAGAUGUGAGGAGCUGUGGCCUCUUUGACCUGCGCAGAGCCCCCAACAUCCAGCUGGUGGCACAGUCUCCGUGGCUAAAGAACACAGCAUCCAAAGCCACAGAGACUCAGGGUGUCAACCUGCUCUUCUCUUCUCGACGAGGCCACAUCUUUGUGCAGACCGAUCAGCCUAUCUAUAACCCUGGGCAGCGGGUUCGUUAUCGGGUCUUUGCACUGGAUCAAAAAAUGCGCCCAUCCACUGACACCCUCACGGUCAUAGUGGAGAACUCCCGUGGCCUCCGUGUACGUAAGAAGGAGGUGUUCGACCCCACGUCCAUCUUCCAAGAUGACUUCGUCAUUCCAGACAUCUCAGAGCCGGGGACCUGGAAGAUCUCAGCCAGGUUCUCAGAUGGCCUGGAGUCCAAUAGGAGCACUCAUUUUGAAGUGAAGAAGUAUGUCCUUCCCAACUUUGAGGUGAAGAUCACUCCUUGGAAGCCAUAUAUCCUGACAGUGCCCAGCGACCAUGAUGAAAUCCAAUUAGACAUUCAGGCCAGGUACAUCUAUGGGAAGCCCGUGCAGGGCGUGGCCUAUACACGCUUCGCACUCAUGGACGAGCAAGGGAAGAGGACUUUCCUUCGGGGCCUAGAGACCCAAACCAAGUUGGUGGAAGGCCAGACUCACAUUUCCAUCUCAAAGGACCAGUUCCAGGCCGCCCUGAAUAAAAUCAACAUUGAGGUCAGAGACCUGGAGGGGCUUCGUCUCUACGCUGCCGCCGCUGUCAUCGAGUCUCCAGGGGGAGAGAUGGAAGAGGCAGAGCUCACAUCCUGGCACUUUGUAUCAUCUGCCUUCUCCUUGGAUCUGAGCCGCACCAAGCAGCAUCUUGUGCCGGGGACCCACUUUCUGCUGCAGGCCCUGGUCCGAGAAAUGUCAGGCUCUGAAGCCUCUGAUGUUCCUGUCAAGGUCUCCGCCACAUUGGUGUCUGGCUCUAACUCAGAAGUCCUUGACUUACAGCAGAAUACCAAUGGAAUUGGCCAAGUCAGCAUUUCCAUCAAAGUCCCACCGACCAUCACAGAACUUCGGCUCUUGGUGUCUGCGGGCUCCCUCCACCCAGCUAUAGCCAGGCUCACUGUGCAAGCCCCACCUUCAAGAGGCACUGGCUUUCUGUCCAUUGAGCCACUAGACCCUCGGGCCCCUCGUGUGGGGGACACCUUCAUCCUGAACCUUCGAACAAUAGGCAUCCAAGCACCUACCUUCUCUCAUUACUACUACAUGGUCAUCUCCAGAGGCCAAAUCAUGGCUAUGAGACGGGAGCGCAGGACGGCCCUGACAGCCAUCUCUGUGCUGGUGGAGCAUCACUUGGCCCCCUCUUUCUACGUUGUGGCCUAUUUCUAUCACCAAGGACUCCCCGUGGCCAACUCCCUGCUCAUCAACAUCCAGCCCGGGGACUGUGAGGGCAAGCUGGAAUUGAAGGUAGAUGGUGCCAAGGAGUAUCGUAAUGGGGAAAGCAUGAAGCUCCAACUGCAGACUGACUCUGAAGCCAUGGUGGCACUGGGAGCUGUGGACACGGCUCUGUACGCUGUGGGUGGCCGGUCUCACAAACCCCUCGACAUGAGCAAGGUUUGCCAAACUGUGUCUCUCUCUCUGUGUGUGGCAGAUUCAGGGGCAAAAGGCUGGGCUGAGGGAUUGGGAGGGAGGGAGGCUGAGCGAGCUCCCUGUGGCUUGAUACUCUCUUGCCCUCAACCAGGCCUGAGCUGUCCCAAGGAGAAGAAAAGUCGGCAAAAGAGAAGUGUAAACUUCCAGAAGGCUAUCAGCGAGAAGUUGGGCCAGUAUGCUUCUCCAGACACCAAGCGCUGCUGUCAAGAUGGGAUGACGAAGCUGCCCAUGGCGCGUACCUGUGAGCAGCGGGCAGCCCGUGUGCCUCAGCCGGCCUGCCGGGAGCCCUUCUUGUCCUGUUGCAAGUUUGCUGAGGACCUUCGCAGGAACCAGACCAGGAGCCUGGCGGGCCUUGCCCGAGCCCAGGACGUGCUACAGGAGGAGGAGCUGAUAGAUGAAGAUGACAUUCUCGUGCGCAGCUUCUUCCCAGAGAACUGGCUCUGGAGAGUGGAGCGGGUGGACCGGUCCAAACAGUUGACAGUGUGGCUUCCUGACUCUCUGACUACAUGGGAGAUUCAUGGUGUGAGCCUGUCCAAAAGCAAAGGCCUGUGUGUAGCCAAGCCAACUCAUGUUCGAGUGUUCCGAAAGUUCCACCUGCACCUGCGCCUGCCCAUCUCCGUCCGCCGCUUUGAGCAGCUCGAGUUACGGCCUGUUCUCUAUAACUAUCUAAAUGAUGAUGUGACUGUGAGUGUCCAUGUGUCCCCGGUGGAGGGGCUGUGCCUGGCUGGUGGUGGAAUGCUGGCCCAGCAGGUGACAGUGCCUGCAGGCUCUGCCCGGCCAGUGGCCUUCUCUGUGGUACCCACAGCUGCUGCCAGUGUGCCCCUCAAAGUGGUGGCUCGAGGGACUUUUGAUAUAGGGGAUGCUGUGUCUAAGAUUCUCCAAAUUGAGAAGGAAGGGGCCAUCCACAGAGAAGAGAUGGUCUACAACCUCGACCCCCUAAAUAACCAAGGCCGGACUUUGGAAAUUCCUGGCAGCUCCGAUCCCAACAUCAUCCCUGAUGGAGACUUCAGCAGCUUCGUCAGGGUUACGGCCUCUGAACCCUUGGAGACUCUGGGCUCUGAAGGCGCCUUAUCCCCAGGAGGCGUGGCCUCUCUCCUGAGGCUUCCCAGGGGCUGCGCAGAACAAACCAUGAUCUAUUUGGCCCCUACCCUGACUGCUUCCCACUACCUGGACAGGACAGAGCAGUGGAGCAAACUGCCCCCUGAGACAAAGGACCAUGCUGUGGAUCUGAUCCAGAAAGGCCACAUGCGGAUCCAACAGUUUCGGAAGAAAGACGGCUCCUUUGGGGCGUGGUUACACAGGGACAGCAGUACCUGGCUGACUGCGUUUGUGCUGAAGAUUCUGAGUUUGGCCCAGGAGCAGGUGGGCGACUCCCCCGAGAAGCUGCAGGAGACUGCUAGCUGGCUCCUGUCCCAGCAGCUGGGUGAUGGCUCCUUCCACGACCCAUGUCCAGUCAUCCACAGAGGCAUGCAGGGUGGCUUGGUGGGGGCCGACGAGACGGUGGCACUGACUGCCUUUGUGGUCAUUGCCCUUCACCACGGGCUGAACAUCUUCCAGGACGAGAAUGCGCAGCAGCUGAAGAACAGAGUGGAAGCCUCCAUUACCAAGGCAAACUCGUUCUUGGGGCAGAAGGCAAGCGCUGGGCUCCUGGGUGCCCAUGCAGCCGCCAUCACAGCCUACGCCCUGACGCUGACCAAGGCCUCGGAGGACCUACAGAAUGUUGCCCACAACAGCCUGAUGGCCAUGGCUGAGGAAACAGGGGAAAACCUCUACUGGGGCGUAGUCAUUGGCUCUCAGGACAACGUUGUGUCACCCACCGCAGCCCCCCGUAGCCCAUCAGAACCCGUGCCCCAGGCCCCAGCCCUGUGGAUCGAGACCACAGCCUACGCCCUGCUCCAUCUGCUGCUGCGGGAGGGAAAGGGAGAGAUGGCUGACAAGGCCGCCUCCUGGCUCACCCACCAGGGAAGCUUCCACGGGGCGUUCCGCAGUACCCAGGACACUGUGGUCACCCUGGAUGCCCUGUCUGCCUACUGGAUCGCUUCGCACACCACCGAGGAGAAGGCCCUCAACGUGACUCUCAGCUCCAUGGGCCGCAAUGGGUUCAAGACCCACAUGCUACACCUGAACAACCACCAAGUCAAGGGCCUGGAGGAGGAGCUGAAGUUCUCCCUGGGCAGCACCAUCAGUGUCAAGGUGGGAGGAAACAGCAAAGGCACCUUAAAGAUUCUGCGUACCUACAACGUCCUGGACAUGAAGAACACGACAUGCCAGGACCUUCAGAUAGAAGUGACGGUCACAGGCUAUGUGGAAUAUACAAGGGAAGCCAACGAAGACUACGAAGACGAAGACGACUAUGACAUGCCAGCUGCAGAUGAUCCCAGCGUCCACUCGCAGCCUGUGACGCCCCUGCAGCUGUUUGAGGGUCGUCGGAGCCGCCGCAGGAGGGAGGCCCCCAAGGUGGCUGGAGAGCAGGAGUCCAGAGUGCAGUACUCCGUGUGUAUCUGGCGCAAUGGCAAGCUGGGGCUGUCUGGCAUGGCCAUCGCAGACAUCACCCUCCUGAGUGGAUUCCACGCCCUGAGGGCCGACCUGGAGAAGCUAACCUCCCUCUCUGACCGUUACGUGAGUCACUUUGAGACCGACGGGCCCCAUGUCCUGCUGUACUUCGACUCGGUCCCGACCACCCGGGAGUGCGUGGGCUUCGGAGCCUCACAGGAGGUGGCCGUGGGGCUGGUGCAGCCAGCCAGCGCUGUCCUGUAUGACUACUACAGCCCAGACCACAAGUGUUCUGUGUUUUAUGCCGCACCCACCAAGAGCAAGCUCCUGUCCACCCUGUGCUCUGCAGACGUCUGCCAGUGCGCCGAGGGGAAGUGUCCUCGGCAGCGCCGGUCACUGGAGCGAGGAGUGGAGGACAGGGACGGCUACCGGAUGAAGUUCGCCUGCUACUAUCCCCGAGUGGAGUAUGGCUUCCAAGUGAAAGUUCUCCGAGAAGAUGGCAGAGCUGCCUUCCGCCUCUUUGAGACCAAGAUCACCCAAGUCCUGCAUUUCACAAAGGAUGCCAAGGCCUUCAUAGGUCAGACCCGCAACUUCCUGGUCCGGGCUUCCUGCCGCCUUCGUUUGGAGCCUAACAAAGAGUACUUGAUCAUGGGGCUGGACGGGGUCACCAGUGACCUCAAGGGAGACCCCCAGUACUUGCUGGAUUCAAAUAGCUGGAUCGAGGAGAUGCCUUCUGAACGCUUGUGCAAGAGCACCCGCCAGCGGGCAGCCUGCGCCCAGCUCAACGACUUCCUGCAGGAGUACAGCAGCCAGGGGUGCCAGGUGUGAGGCCGCAGGACCUCCCUGAGCUCAGCCCAGGGCCAGGGCCUCUCUGGGUGAGAGGCCCUGCUUUACAGCGUAAAUAAAAUAAAAGCUUUUGACAGCCAA